AUGUCUACUGCAAAAAGUUCCAAAGUACGAAUACGCAAUUUCAUCGGGAGAAUAUUCUCGCCGAGUGAAAAAGAUAAAGAUGAGGAAAUGAAACCAUCAUCUUCGGCUAUGGAUAUUAGUCAACCGUACAAUACAGUCCAUCGAGUGCACGUUGGGUACGACGGUCAGAAAUUCAGCGGAUUGCCUCAACCGUGGAUGGACAUUCUUCUCAGGGAUAUCAGUCUUGCCGAUCAAAAGUCAAAUCCGAACGCAGUGGUAACGGCGUUGAAGUUCUACGCACAAUCGAUGAAAGAGAAUGAGAAAACGAAGUUCAUGACGACGAAUAGUGUAUUUACGAACAGUGAUGACGAUGAUGUGGAUGUGCAGCUAACAGGACAGGUCACAGAACAUCUCAGGAAUCUACAAUGUACGAAUGGUUCUGCAACAUCACCCUCCACAUCACUAUCAGUAGUUUCUUCAUCUUCUGCUCGGCCUCUUACGAAUGGGAACACUUUCUCAACAUCCUCUACUGACGCGUCGCUAUCACUAUCAGAACGGAAUAAUGUUCCUUCCCCAGCUCCAGUUCCCUCCAGUGAAAGUGCGCCACAAUUGAAGUCGUUCACAGGAGAGGCUCCAAAACUGCAUCCACGGUCUCCAUUCCCUACCCAACCGCCAGUUCUACCACAGCGAAGUAAAACAUCCACACCAGUGAUGACACCUCCGAGCAGUUCAAAUGGAGCGCCAGUUCCUGGAUCGAAAGGUCCCCCAGUGCCUCCAAAGCCAUCGCAUCUGAAAAUCACAUCAUCGACGGUGUCUUCUGGAUGCUCGUCUCCAAUCCAUCACUCCUCUGCACGAUCUGUUGGCAAUUCGUUGUCAAAUGGUAGUGUAAUCUCCACGACAUCUUCGGAUGGUGAUGUGCAGCUGUCGAAUAAAGAAAAUUCGAACGAUAAGUCUGUUGGUGACAAGAAUGGAAACACAACCAGCAAAACAACGGCUGAGCCAGCUGCUCCAGAAGAGCCACCAGUUCGCGUGAGAGCUUCGCAUCGUGAAAAGCUUUCUGAUACAGAAGUUUUGGAUCAACUCCGUGAGAUAGUAAAUCCAUCCAAUCCACUCGGAAAGUACGAAAUGAAGAAACAAAUAGGAGUCGGUGCAUCUGGAACUGUUUUCGUUGCUCACGUCGCCGGUAGUUCUGAUGUUGUUGCUGUGAAGAGAAUGGCGUUCAAGACCCAACCAAAGAAAGAGAUGCUUCUCACAGAAAUCAAAGUUAUGAAGCAAUACCGUCAUCCAAAUCUUGUCAACUACAUUGAGUCAUAUCUUGUUGAUGCUGAUGAUUUGUGGGUUGUGAUGGACUAUUUGGAGGGAGGAAAUCUCACUGAUGUCGUUGUCAAGACCGAGUUGGAUGAAGGACAAAUAGCAGCAGUGCUUCAAGAGUGUCUCAAGGCGCUUCACUUCCUCCACAGACAUUCCAUAGUGCAUAGAGACAUCAAAAGUGACAACGUGUUGCUCGGAAUGAACGGAGAAGUCAAGUUGACUGACAUGGGAUUCUGUGCACAGAUUCAGCCGGGAUCGAAGAGAGAUACUGUCGUCGGAACUCCAUAUUGGAUGUCACCGGAGAUAUUAAACAAAAAGCAGUACAACUACAAGGUUGAUAUCUGGUCUCUUGGAAUCAUGGCUCUCGAAAUGAUCGAUGGAGAGCCACCAUACUUGCGAGAGACUCCUUUGAAGGCCAUCUACUUGAUUGCCCAAAAUGGAAAACCGGAGAUCAAGCAACGUGAUCGGUUGUCUUCUGAAUUCAACAACUUCCUUGACAGGUGUCUCGUCGUCGAUCCAGAUAACAGAGCCGACACAACAGAACUCUUGGCCCAUCCAUUCUUGAAGAAGGCGAAGCCGCUCUCAAGUCUGAUUCCAUACAUCAGAGCCGUCCGAGAGAAGUAG